AUGUUGAUUUGUGUGUCCAUAUUCAUUGUCUAUAAUAAAGUUGAUCCCUUUGAAAUGCUCUUUCUGGUUGUAACUCUAAUAACUCUUUUAAUAAGAGCAGAAGAGCCUGCCUGUAGACUGCAUGGAGACCCAGAUUUACCUCUGCUCUCGAAGGAUGGAGAUAUAAUCAUUGGAGGAAUCUUUUCUUUUCAUAGCACCCCUCUGUAUGCUAAUCUCACAUUUCAAGACAUGCCACAAUCUAUUACAUGCAAAGAUGCAAACAUAAAAGAAUUCUUAUUUGCUCAAACAAUGAUCUUUGCUACUGAAGAAAUCAAUAACAGAACAGAUCUUCUCCCUGGUCUUUCUUUGGGCUAUAAGAUUUAUGAUGACUGCCGUUACAUGCCUUUGGCAAUAAGAGCUGCAAUGGCCUUAAUGAAUCAACCUGAAGAAGGAACAACGUCUAACAUUACUUGCAAUAAGAAGUCCUCAGUUCAUGCUAUGAUAGGAACUUCAGAUUCAUCAACUACUAGAGGAGUGGCAUCAUCUACAGGACCUUUAAAUAUACCACUUGUAAGUUAUUAUGCUACAUGCGCAUGUCUUAGCAACAAAAAAGAAUUUCCCACAUUUUUCAGGACAAUACCAAGUGAUUAUUAUCAAAGCAGAGCACUGGCACAGCUUGUGAAGCAUUUUGGAUGGACCUGGAUUGGGGCCAUUAGAACUGACAGUGAUUAUGGCAACACAGGCAUGGCGACCUUCUUGCAAACAGUUCAGCAAGAGGGUGUUUGUGUUGAAUAUUCUGAAGCCAUUGUAAGAGCAAGUCCAAGGCAGAAAGUGCUUCAACUUGUGGAUGUUAUUAAAAGAUCAUCUUCCAAAGUUAUUGUUGCAUUUGCAUCUUUUGUAGAUUUAGAAUUUUUGGUACAAGAGCUCUUAGUUCAAAAAGUUUUUGGGUUGCAGUGGAUUGGAAGUGAAGGAUGGAUUUCGAAUGAAUACCUUGCAAUUCCAGAAAAUUACAAAGUGCUGGGAGGAGCAAUUGGAUGUGUAAUUAAUAAUGACAUAAUACCAGGCUUGGAUGACUUUUUUCAGAGCCUUAACCCAUCUGGUAAUCAGGUUUUGAAUGAGUUUUUAAGAACUACUACAGGAUGUGCUUCUUCUGCUGUUGGAAAUGCAACAUAUGGUAAUUCAUGCAGCUCAUUUGAGAAUACUCGGAAGAUUAAUAUCCAGUAUACUGAUGUCCCUGAAUUAAGAAUUACAAGCAAUGUUUAUAAAGCAAUGUAUGCAUUUGCUCAUUCACUGCACAAAAUGUAUGCAUGUCAAGACAGUGAGGGAAUUUUUCCCAAUCAAACAUGUGUUAAGAAAAACGGAAUGGACCCAUGGCAGCUACUUCAUUAUAUGAAAAAAGUCAAUUUUACAACCAAAUAUGGUGAGAAAGUAUAUUUUGAUGAAAACGGUGAUCCAGUAGCAAGAUAUGAUUUAAUAAAUUGGCAGCUCAGCAAAGAAAGUACUAUCAAGUUUAUCACAGUUGGUCUCUAUGAUGCAUCUUUGCCAGAUGGACAACAGUUCCUUAUGAACAAUGUGAGCAUUGUGUGGGCUGGAGAUCAGAAAAAGGUGCCUAAAGCAGUCUGUAGUGAGAGUUGUUCAGUAGGCACAAGAAAGGCUAUUCAGAAAGGUCGCCCUGCGUGCUGCUUUGAUUGCAUACCAUGUGCUGAAGGAGAAAUAAGCAAUGUAACUGACUCUAUUGAAUGCAUUAAAUGUCCAAUGGAGCACACAACAAAUCAUCAAAGAGACAUGUGCAUCUUAAAGGAUAUUGAAUUUUUAUCAUUUGGAGAAAUCAUGGGAGUUUUACUGGUAGUAUUCUCUUUAUUAGGUGCUUGCAUCACAAUUGCCAUUGCUCUGGUGUUUUUUCUUCACAGAGAUACACCAAUCGUCAAAGCUAACAACUCUGAAUUAAGUUUUCUUCUUCUGUUCUCACUGACAUUGUGUUUCUUGUGUUCCCUCACUUUCAUUGGUCAGCCCACUGAUUGGUCCUGUAUGUUACGCCAUACUGCUUUUGGAAUCACAUUUGUACUGUGCAUUUCCUGUGUACUUGGUAAAACAAUUGUUGUCUUAAUGGCAUUUAGAGCAACACUUCCAGGUAGCAAUAUGAUGAAAUGGUUUGGGCCAACACAACAGAGGUUAAGUGUUUUUAGUUUAACAUUCAUCCAAAUGCUGAUCUGUACACUUUGGUUAAUAUUGUCCCCACCAUUUCCCAACAAAAACAUGGUACAUUACAAAGAUAAAAUUAUUAUGGAGUGUGAUCUAGGAUCAACUGCAGUUUUUUAUGGUGUUCUUGGGUACAUUGGAUUUCUGUCUUCAAUGUGUUUUGUAUUGUCUUUUCUAGCACGUAAAUUGCCAGAUAACUUUAAUGAAGCGAAAUACAUCACUUUCAGCAUGUUAAUUUUUUGUGCUGUCUGGAUAACAUUUAUCCCAGCAUACAUUAGUUCUCCUGGAAAAUAUACUGUGGCUGUAGAAAUAUUUGCUAUAUUAGCGUCUAGCUUCGGCCUGCUUUUCUCUAUUUUUAUCCCUAAGUGCUACAUUAUAUUGUUAAAACCUGAGAGAAACACCAAAAAGUUCCUGAUGGGAAAAGUAUAG